ACAUAGCUAUUCAGACUCUGCGUGUGACUGAGUUACCUACUUCACUAGUGAAAAUAAUAAUGGCGAUGAAUUUUCAAGUCGUGUGAUUUUUUGAUUUUUUGCUGAAGUUAAUAUAUAUUUCGUAUUUGAUGAGGUUUAUCGGUGUCUCCAAUAAAAGUUGUGAAUAGUAUUCAAAAAGUUCAUUUUCUUGUUAACUAGUGAUUAUGGUGUUCUAAUCUACCAAAAUGGCGGAGGUAGACCCAGAGACGUUACUGGAGUGGCUCCUAACAGGCCAGGGUGAUGAGAGGGACAUGCAACUUAUUGCCCUUGAGCAGCUCUGUAUGUUGCUGCUCAUGUCGGAUAAUGUCGAUAGAUGCUUUGAAAGCUGUCCCCCAAGAACAUUUUUGCCUGCUCUCUGCAAGAUAUUUCUAGAUGAAUGUGCUCCAGACAAUGUUUUGGAAGUCACUGCCAGAGCUAUUACAUAUUAUUUGGAUGUUUCAGCUGAAUGCACAAGACGGAUUGUGGCUAUUGAAGGAGCUGUGAAGGCUAUUUGCAGCAGACUACUAACAGUUGAUCCGAACAACCGUACAAGUAAAGAUUUAGCUGAACAAUGUAUAAAGGUUUUAGAGUUGGUGUGCACCCGAGAGGCGGGGGCGGUGUGGGAGGGCGGCGGCCUGCCCGCUGUGCUACACUUCAUCACACAUCAUGGAACUUCUGUACACAAGGACACGUUGCACUCUGCCAUGGCUGUGGUUUCUAGAGUGUGUGGCAAAAUGGAGCCCGGCGACGCCCGCGUGGGCGACGCCGUGUCGUCGCUGUCCGCGCUGCUGCGCCACAGCGACGCGCGCGUGGCGGACGCGGCGCUGCGUUGCUUCGCCUCGCUCGCCGACCGCUUCGCGCGCGCUCACGCCGACCCCGCGCCGCUAGCCGAGCAUGGUUUGAUAGAAGAGUUGGUGCGUCGCUUGGGCAGCACAGAGAGUACGGAAGACAAAUGUCUGUCUCCAUCUGUAUCCACCACCGUUAGUCUACUCUCCACUCUGUGCCGAGGUUCCUCUCAGAUCACACAUGAUUUAGUUCGAUUGGAGUUGUGCUCGGCGAUAGAGACUGCCGUACAAGCAGACGAGAGAUGGUGCCUCGAAUGUAUGCGGCUGGUUGAUCUCCUACUAGUGCUGCUGUGCGAAGGACGACACGCUAUACAAACGGGAUUGAAUCGCAACGGUGGCUCAGCAUCAGGGUCUAGUAGCGGCGGCGCCAGCGGCGAAGGUUCCAGCGGUGGAUCGGCCCGCGGGGACAAAUCCCACCGGCAGCUCAUCGACUGCAUCCGCGGCAAAGACACUGACGCCUUACUAUCAGCUGUAAAUAGUGGAGCGGUUGAUGUGAAUUUCACGGAUGAUGUGGGACAAACUUUGUUGAAUUGGGCCGCAGCGUUUGGCACCAAGGAGAUGGUGGAAUUUUUGUGUGAAAAAGGUGCGGACGUGAAUCGUGGACAACGCAGUUCAUCAUUGCACUAUGCCGCAUGUUUCGGUCGGCCAGCUAUAGCCAAGGUGCUUCUCCGCUACGGCGCCAACGCAGAUCUGAGAGACGAGGACGGCAAGACUCCGCUAGACAAAGCCAGAGAGAGACACGACCAAGGACAUCGAGAAGUGGCAGCCAUUCUUCAGUGUCCCGGCGAAUGGCUGGUGGUCGGCAAUCACGACUCGCCGACUUCCACUAACGAAGACGAUUUCCCCGACACUGGGGAUAAAGAAAUGGCCGCUGUUUAUCUUGAGCGUUUAGUGCCGCUGUUUUGCGCACGCUAUCUCGGCGCCGGCGGCGCUAGUGUGCGCCGCGCAUGUUUGUCACUCGUGCGCAAGAUGGUGCAUUACGCGCCAUCGCGGAUACUGCGCCGGGCGCCGCACUCCACUCCCGCGCUAUUGACUCAGCUGGUCGCUGCCGUGCUUGAUAACGUGGGCGAGACCGGAGUGCGGCGGGCCCCCCCGCGGUACCUGCGCAGCCGCUAUAUCCGCCCUCCAGCGGAUGACGAUGACGGUCAUCUGAUCGUGCUGGGCAUCGCUGAAGAACUGAUGGUGAAGGCAGCUGAGUUAUAUCUAGAGCAGUUUGCGAGACUCGGCGUCUUCAGCAAGGUAGAAGCCUUGGCGUCUGAACCCGCGUCGCAAAUAUCUUCCGAUGGAGAAACCAGUAUAGCGGGAAGCAGCGAAGACGCAACAUGCCUGUCCCACGGCGUGGCCUAUUCCUGGGGGGAGUGGUCUCUGUGUCGCGGUCGGGACGCGUUAUACGUUUGGAGCGACACUGCCGCGCUAGAACUGAGCACCGGAAGUAAUGGCUGGUUCCGUUUCCUGUUGGACGGCAAGCUGGCCACUAUGUACUCCAGCGGCAGCCCCGAACACCAGACAGACAACACAGAAAAUCGCGGAGAAUUUAUCGACAAACUACAGAGAGCAAGAGCUUCAGUGAAAAAUGUAGUGCCACAGCCCAUACUAUCUAAGCCCGGUACGACCCGACUGAUCCUUGGAAAUUGGGCUUUGUCAUCCAAGAAGGAGAAAGAAUUGCAAAUACACAAUACAGACGGGCAGCAACAAACAACAAUAUUGAGGGAAGAUUUGUCAGGAUUUAUAUUCGAAUCAAAUCGUGGGACCAAACAUACAUUUACGGCUGAAACAUUUUUGUGUCCAGAACUAGCUAGCGGUUGGACGAGCCGGCGCCCAGUGGCUUCAGAUAGUGCGACUACAAGCCAAAAUAGAACUCGCUCAUCUGCUAAAGCUGAAGCGCUGAAAGCUCAGGUGAGCGAGCGCGCGCGCGCCCUGUUCUCGCGUCACCUGUCGCACGCGGCCACGCGCCAGCCGCGCCCGCCCGUGGCGCGUCUGCGCGUGCUGCUCGCGCGCAUGCAGCGUCUCGCCACGCAGCCCUCCAAAGACUGGCAAGAGGAGCUACGUGAAUCAUUAGAACAGCUGACAGAGUUGCUGUGCGGCGAUGAAUUGUUGUCCGCUUACGAGCUGCAGUCGUCCGGUCUGGCGCCCUCGCUGCUGCAGGUGCUGUGUGCGCAGCCCAAUGAUACCCCGGGACAAGCGCUGGAGCGCGAGCGCGUGGUCCGCGAGUGGGUGUCGCGUGACGGCGAGGCGGGCGCGGCGCUGGCGCAGCGGCUGGUGGGCGUGCUGGAGAGCGUGGAGCGGCUGCCGGUGCUGGCGCCCGCCGGCGACGCGCCCGUCACACCCGCCGCCUCUCUGCACCAUCUGGCCAAGCGAAUACGGCUCCGCGUGGAGCGAGCAAACGAAGAAGGCAGCGAAGAACUCUCAAACAAUGGUAACAACGCAGGCCGCAACUUGAAAGUAGAAGCGUUGACGACCGUGCGACAGCUGGAGAGAUUUCUAGCCAAGUCUGUGGCGAGACAGUGGUACGAUAUGGACCGAGCGACGUUUAACUUCACACAGAAGAUCAAGGCUGAAGCGCCCAUCAGCUUCAAUUAUGAUCACGAUUUCGACGAAAACGGUCUUAUAUAUUUCAUCGGCACAAACGGCGGUACCUGUGAGUGGGUUAACCCAGGCGCACACAACCUCGUUUGCGUGUGGUCUUCGGACGGCAAGCAGUUACCUUACGGCCGCGUGGAAGAUGUCCUAUCACGGUCGCCGGAGCCCCUCAACGUUCAUACGAAUGAUGACAGACGUGCUUUCAUAGCGAUAGAUCUUGGCGUCCAUAUUGUACCAACAGCUUAUACGCUGCGUCACGCUCGUGGAUAUGGUCGCUCGGCGCUUAGGAAUUGGCUGUUCCAGAUGUCAAUGGACGGCGUAACAUGGAGCACAUUAUUGUCUCACAACGACGAACAAGCCUUACAGGAGCCAGGCAGCACCGCCACUUGGCGGCUGCGGGCCGACACUCCGUACCGCUACCUGCGGAUCCAGCAGAACGGCAAGAACGCCAGUGGACAGAACCACUAUCUGUCCUUGUCUGGCGUCGAGAUUUAUGGCAAGGUGGUGGGAGUAGUGGAAACCGCUCCUAAGCAGUGCGGAGCCACGAACCACGUGAGUGGCGUAGCUGGGGCGGGGACGGGGGCGGGGUCGGGCGGUGGCGGUGGCGGGCGCGCGCGGCGCUGGUCGCGGGGCGCGCGCGGGCUGUGCGCGGGCGCGCGCGUGGUGCGCGGCGCGGACUGGAAGUGGCGCGACCAGGACGGGCCGCAGCCCGCCGUCGGCACUGUCACCUCCGAGCUGCACAACGGAUGGGUCGAUGUCAAGUGGGACCAUGGUGGUCGAAACUCAUACCGUAUGGGCGCGGAGGGAAAAUACGACCUAAAAGUGGUGAGCGGUGUGGGGGUGGUGGGGGGAGUGACGCCGGACUCUGCGAGAACGGGAAGGAAGAGUCAUUCUACUCCUAGUCUGCCUGACGCUACCAGCGUGGAACAACAGAUAUCCGUCGCUUCGACGGAGCAGGCUUCGUCAGCCGACAAUAUCUCCAGUGAGGAGUUGGCCAGUAACAUGACGCGCGUGCGCACGCACGCCGCCGACCUGGCCGCCAUCAACAACUCCACGCACCACAUCAACACAGAUCUUGCCACGAUCGUGGAGUCGCUAACUUUAGGGGCUGAAGGCAACAACUGCAUGUCGGAUUUAGGAAACACGUCAUUUACCAACAUGGAGAUGGGCCCUACAAGUAUCACUGACAUCACGAAGCCGUACCCCGCCAAGGAACCUGUGCCAGAGGCCAACUCACAGGAGGAAAGUUCGGCGCACGAAGGGGACGCGGUGCGAAAUAGCGCGAAUGCUUUGCUCUCCACUGACCUGUUGGGUCUACCGGCUUCGUUGCUUCACACCUUGAGGAACAACGUCAACCGCUUACAUAUACAGUGCGAAGACAGCGAGAGUGGCGAAGCGCAGUUCACAGAGCACAAGAAAGAUGGUCAAUCGGGAACCGGCUCUGGUACGAUGAGUGCCAGCGAACCUGAUCUAACACAACAGGGCGCUGCGAGGUUGUUAGAGUCUUUGGGUGUGGGUAGAACCAACACGGGAAGUGCACAGCGUGGCAACAGUGCGCAGAGGGCCAACCGCACCAACCAUACCAAUAGUCUUUUCCCAAGCCUGGUUCGGCUGGCGCUUUCGAGCAAUUUCCCCGGCGGACUGCUGUCGGCGGCUCAAAGCUACCCAUCAUUAGCUCCGAAUGCUCAGAAUGCUCUCACCUUAUCACUCACUUCCACUUCCAGCGAGAGCGAACAGGUAUCGCUGGAAGAUUUCCUAGAGUCCUGCCGCGCGCCCGCUCUCCUCACAGAGUUGGAGGACGACGACGAUGCCGAAGACGCUCUCGAUAGCGACAAGGAAAACGAACCCACGUACCAGGAAGUGGUGUCCCGCAAUCUCCUGUCACUGAUGGAGGAGGAAGCGCUGGAAGCAGUGCGCGGUGUGAGCGGGGUGAGCGGGUCGCGGUCGCGGCGGCCGUGGGACGACGACUUCGUGCUCAAGAGGCAGUUCUCCGCGCUCAUUCCCGCCUUCGACCCCCGCCCCGGGCGCACCAACCUCAACCAGACUGUCGAUUUGGAUAUACCUCUUAACGAGGAAUCGGACGCGGAAGACCAAGCGGAGCCAGAGCGCGUACCGAGCGAAGGCAGCGCUACAACUCCAGCCGCAAACAGCGGCCGGCUGCCGGCUUUGCGACUGGUGCUGAGCGCGGGCGGCGCUUCUGUAGCGCUGCAGCGGCCGUCGUGGACGUUAUACCGCGCUGUGCUGGCGCUCAACGCUAGGAUGAGGGACUCGCCCAGGGACACCACCUACACGUUAACAUACAAGGAGAUUGAAGGCAUGGAGACGUUUGCGGCCUCUAGUGACAGUGAAGAUGACGAGCCUUCCGACCCAGAGCGCGGCGUGUGUGGCACUGAAGGUCCGGAAGGGUCUCAAGUGACGUGCUGCGUGCGAGUGCUGCGUCGGCUGCGGGCCGCAGCGCCGUCGUUGCCUGCUCUAGCAUUCGUGUCCACCAAGCUGACCAACAAGCUGCAUCAGCAGCUGCAGGAACCGCUCACUCUAGCGGCGGCUGCAACCCCACCCUGGUGUCAACAGCUGAACGAUUGGUGUCCAUUCCUAUUCCCGUUGGAGACUCGUCAGAUGUUCUUCGCUUGUACGGCAUUUGGCACCUCGCGGACAAUAGUGUGGUUACAAGCGCAGCGCGAUCGUGCGCUCGACAGGCAAAGAGCGGGGAAUACAGUGUCGCCUCGCCGCGCAGAGCUCGAGGCGACCGAGUUCCGCAUGGGGCGGCUGCGGCACGAGCGCGUGCGCAUCCCGAGGCAGCCCAACCUAUUGCGGUCCGCUAUGCAGGUGAUGCGAGUUCACGCGGGCAGAAAAUCUGUACUAGAAGUGGAGUUUGCGGGUGAAGAGGGGACGGGCUUGGGGCCGACGCUGGAGUUCUACGCGCUGGUGGCCGGGGAGCUGCAGCGCGCCGACCUCGGCAUGUGGCUCAGCGACUCCGAGCGCUCGCACAGCGACCUGCUGCAGCAUCUCGUGCUGGCUGAAGAAAAGCCCCCGGGCUACUACGUGACGCGAGCGGGAGGUCUAUUCCCGGCGCCGCUGCCACAAGACUCGCCUAUCUGUGAUAAAGUUUGCAAAUAUUUCUGGUUCUUAGGAGUAUUUUUAGCUAAGGUGCUACAAGAUGGCCGCCUCGUAGAUUUACCACUAUCGGAGCCUUUCCUGCGCAUCAUGUGCGGGGAAGAGCUACGACCAGAGCAUUUAGAGGAAAUAGAUCCAAUCCGACAUAGGUUCCUACAAAGUGUUCUCGUUGCUGCGGACGAGUACGACGCAGUGGUUCGCGAUCACAGUCUUUCUCCAGAAGAAGUAUCACAACGCGUUGAUAACAUAACGGUAGAGGGCGCUUCGUUCGCGUCGCUGGCGCUCAACAUGACGUACGUGGCGGCCGACGCCGACCCCGCUGUGUCUAUGCAGCCGCUGUGCGAUGGCGGGGAGCAUAUCGAGGUGAGCGGGCACAACGCGCGCGCGUACGCGGAGCGCAGCAUGCGGUGGGCGGUGCGCGGCGGCGUGCGGCGGCAGACUGCGGCGUUCCGACGCGGCUUCGCGCUCGUGUUCCCGCCGCGCCGGCUGCGCGCCUUCAGCCCCGCCGAGCUGCGGCUGCUGCUGUGCGGCGAGCGCGGGCCCGACUGGACCAGGGACCAUCUGCUGGCCUACACCGAGCCCAAGCUGGGCUACACGCGUGACAGCCCCGGGUUCCUGCGGCUGGUGGAGGUGCUGGUGGAGAUGAGCAUGCGCGAGCGCAAGGCGUUCCUGCAGUUCGCGACCGGCUGCAGCAGCCUGCCGCCCGGCGGCCUCGCCAACCUGCAUCCGCGGCUCACUGUCGUCCGGAAGGUGGACGCGGGCGACGGGUCGUACCCCUCAGUGAACACGUGCGUACAUUACCUGAAGCUGCCGGAGUACUCCUGCAAAGACGUGCUGCGCGAGCGACUGCUGGCCGCCACCAACGAGCGGGGCUUCCAUCUCAACUAGAUAUGUCGCUAACGCCUAACUUUCAUAACGAAAUUUGUUGUGUGAAAGUAGUUUCGUGAUAUUAAUUUCGUCAACAAUCACACGGCAAGUUUUAUUACAUGUACUGAUUUCACAUUGUAAAAUCGAUGGCAGAUUAUUGUUGGCAGAUGGCAGAUGGUUGGAAAUAGAGGCUGCAAAACCGAUAAGAACGACGUUUGAUGCUUGAUCAUGGUUGAUUAUAUGAAUAAACUGUUGUGUGAAUGUUUACAAGUGAAAUUGUUGAAGAACGCUAUGAAAUAAUUUUCAUACUAUAUUAGUAAUGAAAGUUAGGCUUGCUGGUGCCACGUCGCGGUACGGUUAAGUAGUGUUUUGCACGGGGGCUAUCGCGAAGUAUUAGCACGCGAAGCAUUCGUAAAUACGAUUUGCGCAAGUUUCGAUGUAUUAUGCAAUAAAUAACACGAUGUGACGUUUUUAUUGCAUUUUGACCAGUUAAUUAAAUUGCCCAUUUCGUUGCAGCUAUUUUUUAAGCAAAUUUCUAACCCAGGAUUUUAUUUUCUGGUAAUUUCUUUUCUUUUUUUGAUUAUAAGGAAAAAUCGAAAGAUUGCGAAAAAUUUCAGUUAUUCUUUUCUACUCCAGGAUACAUAUUCUUUUUGAAAGUUAUUGUUUGCAUUAGGUACGAAUUAUUUCUUCCAUCAAUUAACCCAUUUGACAUUAGUCAAUGAUAAUACGGUUUUCAUUACAUAUUCCUUUUCAACCAUUAUCAUCAUAUUUUACUAAUGUCUAAAAUGAAUAAAAAAAUUAAGAUGGAAAUUAAUGAAAUGCCUUUUAAUAAAAUUAAAUAUUAAGACAGGUAUUUUUUUUAUUAAUACACCAAUAUAAUGAUAGAUACCUAUUUUUUCAUUCGCUAGUAGGCGCGAAGAGGCUUUCAUUAUUUGGUUUCCGGGGUACCAUUAGAUCUCUUAAUUUCCUUAUCGGUAGUGCAAACAUAAAAUAGGUAAUUUUUAUGUAUUGUUCCACUUUGUGUAGUUUGUAAGUGUCAAAGUUAUAAUAGUAAAUUGCACUGUUACUUACUGUGCAGACGAUUGUUUUAGAAGAAAGAGAUAAUUACUACGAAUUUUACAUAUUAUAUUAUCGAGGUCGUGUUUCUCUGUAUUGACUUGAUCUGUAUUGGCCUGAUUAACUUGAUUUGUUUUUAACAUUAUGAAUUUGAGUUCAUUAAGAAUCAAUUCAUUUAUAUAAAAUUUAAAAAACUGCUACUUAAAAAAAAAUUACAUGAAAACAGUUCAAAAGCAUUUACAAAUUAGUAGCUCUCGUUUCAAAAUAUAUUUGAAUUUGUAUCUAUGUAAAAUGCAAGUCUAUUACAGCAAAGCGGGAGUUAUAUAUCUAGUCAGUAAUAUUUGUGCGGCUUCUUUUUCCUCGAAAAGGUAGCGAAAUAUUGAAAUCACAUGUCUUUUGGCAACAGAACUGAUUUGACAAAAUAUAAAAUAGUGUGCUUUAUGACGUUCGCUUUUGAGCUGUUAUAAUUAUAAUAAAUAACUAUUCAUUUCUUCAUCUUGCAUCGACAUUACAUGUAUAAUUAAAUAUAACAUGAGUGUGGGCAUAUAUUCCUUCAGAUUUUUUUUUACAAACCUGCAAAUGUGAUCAAGAUUUAAAAUUAUAAAAAAAAAAAACAUAUAUUACAAAUACUUAGGUGUGAAACACUUUGUAUGAAAAAAUCGAAAAAUAUUUAGUAUUGCGUUCCUUUAGUUGAAACAUAAUUUGUCAGCUGAAAGUUGACUGUGAUUUACUUUAUAAUAAAAUACGAAUUAAAAUAUAUUUUAGUUUUAAUUUAAAUAUAUUUAAUGUAUUAUUAAUUGAUGAUCUUGUAGUGCUAUUAUACUUGUUGGAGAUUGUAUCAAUAAAAUAAGUGAAAAUGCA